GCGGAGCGGGCGGCCACGCCGUGCCCAUGGCUCUGCCGAGCGCCGCCCGGGCGCUCCGCGCCGCCGCCCGCCUGGGCUUCCCCUCCAGCCGCCCGAGCUCCGCGCCCGCCGCCGCGCCCCGCGGGGCCACUCCGCCGCCGGCUGCGGGCAGGGGAGCCCGGCCGGUGCCGCCGCCGACUGCCCCUCCGCGGGGUGCGGAGCGCGGGCCGCCGCCCGCCGUGGAUUUCGGGGACACGCGGGAGGCGUUCCGCAGCAAGAGCAGCGCCGAGCUGCUGCGCGGGCUGCUGGUGCUGCGGCUGUGCGCGGUCGGGCCGCUGGUGGAGCACAGCCGGGAGCUGCUGCAGCUGGGCCGGCGGGUGCUGGGGCCGGCGCUGUUCGAGCGGCUGAUGAAGAUGACCUUCUACGGGCAGUUCGUGGCCGGGGAGGACCAGGAGGCCAUCAAGCCGCUCAUCCGGCGGAACCAGGCGUUCGGCGUGGGCGCCGUGCUGGAUUACAGCGUGGAGGACGAUCUGAGCACCGAGGAGGCCGAGCGCCAGGAGCUGGACUCCUGCACCUCUGCAGCCGAGAAGGAGACGGGAGGAGCCGAACAACGGGAGAAGCAAUACCGAGCGCAUCGGGGGUUUGGGGAUCGCCGCGGUGGAGUCAUCAGCGCCCGCACAUAUUUCUAUGCCAAUGAGGCCAAGUGCGACCAGCACAUGGAGACGUUCCUCAGCUGCAUUGAUGCCUCAGGUGCCAGCUCACAGGACGGCUUCUCGGCCAUCAAGCUGACAGCGCUGGGCAGACCUCAGUUCCUGCUGCAGUUCUCAGAGGUGCUGGUGAAGUGGCGGAGGUUCUUCCACCAAAUGGCUGCGGAGCAGGGCCAGGCCGGGCGGGCAGUGCUGGAGAUGAAGCUGGAGGCGGAGAAGCUGCAGGAGGCCCUGGCCAACCUCAGCAUCGCAACCAAGGCGGAGAGCCAGCGCUGGUUCACGGGCGAGGAGCUGGGCGUGAGUGGCACUGUGGACCUGCUGGACUGGAACAGCCUGAUUGACAGCCGCACCAAGCUUUCCAAGCUGCUGCUCAUCCCCAACAUACAGACUGGGCAGCUUGAGCCUCUGCUCUCGCGCUUCACCGAGGAGGAGGAUCUGCAGAUGAAGCGGAUGCUGCAGCGGAUGGAUGUCCUUGCCAAGAGAGCCACGGAGAAGGGCGUGAGGCUGAUGGUGGAUGCGGAGCAGAGCUAUUUCCAGCCAGCCAUCAGCCGCCUCACCCUGGAGAUGCAGCGCCGCUUCAACAGGGAUCGCGCCAUCAUCUUCAACACCCACCAGUGCUACCUGAAGGAGGCUUAUGACAACGUGGCGGUGGACCUGGAGCUGUCACGCCGGGAGGGCUGGCACUUCGGCACCAAGCUGGUCCGCGGCGCCUACAUGGAACAGGAGCGGGAGAGGGCAGCCGAGAUUGGCUAUGAGGAUCCCAUCAACCCCACCUAUGAGAAGACCAGUGAGAUGUACCACAGGUGCCUGGACUAUAUCCUGGAAGAGAUCAAGCACAGCCCGAAAGUCAACGUGAUGGUGGCAUCUCACAAUGAGGACACGGUGAAGUUCACCCUGCGCAGGAUGAUGGAGCUUGGGAUCCAUCCCUCUGAGAAGAAGGUGUACUUCGGGCAGCUGCUGGGCAUGUGUGACCAGAUCACCUUCCCGCUGGGUCAGGCUGGCUUCCCUGUCUACAAGUACGUGCCCUACGGCCCGGUGGAUGAGGUGCUGCCCUACCUGUCCCGGCGGGCCCUGGAGAACAGGGGCUUCAUCCAGAGAGCGAAGCGGGAGCGGGAGCUGCUCUGGAGGGAGGUGAAGAGGCGGCUCCUGGCCGGCAGCCUCUUCCGCCGCAGCCCCUGACCCAACCCUGGCAGCCGGCCGGGGGCUCCUGUGCCUUCACCUACAACCACUGCUGCCACUCCCCGUCCUGGUUCUGCUGCAGUUUUCCCCCCCCAGCACCCUUUGUCAUGGGAGGGGACACAUUCUUGUUGCUGUUCUGGAGGUCACUGCUAUGGGAUUGUCCCAGCUGGGGCUGCCCGAGGGAUGUCCCUCUGCCAACCCGGGGGUUCUCCAGCAGUGCCUGCCCUGGGCUGUCUCAGGGGAAACACUGGGUCCUCUGCCACCCCCCCACCCUGGCGAUCACCGUUCCAGGGUUCUCCCAGUGCAGGAUUGCACAGAGAGAUCUGGCCGCCUGCUUUGUGCCACGGGCACAAGGUCCAGCAUGGGCUGGGUGGCUUGGGGACAAGCUGGCGUUGGUCAGAAUCUCCUCCAGCCUCUGCCAGGGCUUGGUCUCUUCUAGCUCUGUGGAGGUAGGUGCCAAACCAGAGGCCACAGUGACCACUGAAGAGUCACUGAGGGAGGCAGGACCUGUCCCUGCAGCCUGUCCCAGGGUUCCUUGGCUGGGCAGGUCCUGGGCAGGAGCAUCACACCAGGCUGAGCAGAGCCCAAGCUGCUCGGGGUGCCCCAGCCCCCAGCACCCAUCCAGCGGGGCAGGACGGCUGAGGGGAGUGGGCCGGCCCCAUCCCCGCCCUGUUCCUGCCCCAUCCCCGCCCUGUUCCUGCCCCAUCCCCGCCCUGUUCCUGCCCCAUCCCCGCCCUGUUCCUGCCCCAUCCCCGCCCUGUUCCUGCCCCAUCCCCACGCUCCCUGGCCCCAGUGAUGACCGGGGUGAUGGCUGCAUGGACGAACCACGAGCUGCGCCAACACUCAGCUCCACCAUACACUGGAUUUGCAGAGAACUGUAAUGAUUAAAUCAUAAGUGUUCUUG